AUGAAUACACCCCUGUUUCAGAUCUCUGAGCUGCUGACCCAACUGGCUGUGAGAACCACACCCCCUAAUGGGCCCCUCCCCCGUAACGUCAGCCUCCUCCCCUCCUUCAGCCUCCCCGCAGUCCGAGAAACGACCGCCACCACCCGCUCCAAGGCCCAGCUCCCAGAAUGCAUCACGAGACUCUCAGACACCCAGUGUCGGAAGUGGUACCACCAGAGACCAACCACGCCCUUCUCCUCCUCUACCCCCACACCAGCCCUUAACCCUCGGCCUGCCCCCAACACCCCGGGACUCACCACUGGUCCCGCCUCCACCAAUAGCAGCCAACCAAGGAGCGAGAGACCCAGCCCGGUUUCCCCUAAUUUGUUUUUCCUACCCUAUCUUGCGGCAUGGAGGACUGCGAAGAGCUGUGAUUCGCUGUCCUUGGUGAGGGAUCUGUUCCAGAAGGGUGAGGUGUGUCCAGACAUCCUGGGGUUGAAGGAGUGGUCGAACCAGAGACCUGCAGCCUGGAUCAAGGAUACAGCAGUAGCAGCACAACGCAUGGCGAUAGAACCUGGUGUGACUAGCGUGCAUUACUUUGAGGACCUGAGGGACCUGCAGAGGAAGUUGUUCAGGGGGAUCCUGUGGAUGUCCAGCAGGGAUCGCGACCUUUGAGCGGGGUGACCAUGACAACCUCUCCAGAACUUUAUAAACCAUCAGCCUCAAACGCACCUCCCACAACACCUCCCUCCUCUGCUCCACCAUCACCACGCCUCCCUCCUUUGCUCCCCCACCAUCACGCCUCCUUCCUUUGCUCCCCCCACAC